CAUCGGGCCGGUGCAGCCCCGGGGCCAGGCCCCGGGCCGGGGCAGGAGCACAGGUCCUUCAUUUUGGAAAUGUCAAAGAUGUGCCCUUUGUGUUUCAACCAGUCACCUUGGAUGUAAAUAAACUCAGUUCCUUUUACUUCGUUGAAAGAAAUCAAGAGACCCUACCUAGACAAAUCUCCGAACCCUUCAUUCCAGUGUCUCCCACACUCAGUCACUGGUGACCCAUGGCCCUUCACAACAACAGCCACCCUGAGUGCUGGACCCACAGCUCCUAACAAUGCUUUUUUUAGUGUUCCGUGGGAAGUGGAUGCAUUCUGUCAGUGCUUAAAGAGAUGUGAAGACGAGACUUUCCUUAUGCCUCUGCCUGUAUAGUUUGUUGCUGGAGUCACUGUUAUGUAAUGGUCAAGGGAAGAAGGCUGUAUGAGGGCAUCUGUUAUGCACCUAAAACCAUAUUGGAAAGUCCAGAAGAAAGAGGGCCCUCUGGAAGUCAGCAGGGACACUCUGAGAACUCCUAUGAGCCAACAGGAGACUGUCAAUGAUGAAAAGGACAAAGCCAGCCACAUGAAACCAGCUCUCUUUCCUUCAGCUUCUCUUGUCAAAGCAUCGUCUCGAAAGCCUUUUGGGGUCCUUUCUCCAAAUGUUCUGUGCAAUAUGAGUGGGAAGAGUCCUGUGGAGAGCAGCUUGAAUGUUAAGGCUAAAAAGAAUGCACCAUCUGCAACAAUCCACCAGGGUGAAGAAGAAGGACCACUUGAUAUCUGGGCUGUCGUGAAACCUGGAAAUACAAAAGAGAAAAUCGCAUUCUUUGCAGCUCACCAGUGUAGCUCCAGGCUGGGAUCUAUGAAAAUAAAAAGCUCCUGGGAUAUUGAUGGGAGAGCUACGAAAAGAAGGAAAAAGUCAGGAGAUCUUAAAAAAGCCAAGAUACAGUUAGAAAGGAUGAGGGAAAUGAAUGGCAGGUGCUACCAGCCUGAGCCAUUUGCAUGUGGCAUUGAGCACUGUUCUGUGCAUUGUGUGAGUGACAGUGGAGAUGGAGUCUGUGCUGGGCGGUCUCUGUCGGUGAUACAGAUGGUUGCCUUCCUUGAGCAAAGAGCCAGCGCUCUGCUAGCCAGCUGUGCGAAAACCUGCACAAAUGCACCUGCCAUCGUGAGGCUUUCUGGCCAGUCUAGAGGUGUAUCGUCUGCCCCUGACCCCUUCUCUGCCCCAGGAGAAGAACCCACGGAUAGGGUUGGUCUUGAGGCUGGCAAACCACAGAGUGAACCUGUCCGUGUCCUUGACAUGGUAGCUAGGCUGGAGUCGGAGUGCCUGAAACGGCAGAGCCAGCGGGAGCCCGGAAACUUGUCACGGAAUAACAGCUUCCGUCGAAAUGUAGGCAGGGUGUUGCUUACGAAUGGCACUCAGGCUGAGGAAGGCCAGAGAAAACGAGGCACCUCAGAGGCACCUGAUGCCCAGGUGGAUUCUGUGCAGUCUCUGUCUGUAAAAGGUGGACCCUCAACAGCUGAUCAUUGCUCCAUGGGGAACCAGGCUUGGGAUGGUGCGUCUCAGGGUUGUCCCUCACUGCCAGUGUGUGUGAGUUACCACAUGGACAGUGAAGAGUUAGAGCCAGGUCAGCAAACUGCCAUGAACAGCAGCAGCAGCAGCAGGUAUGAUGUGGAAAUGAUGGAUGAACUUGACGGAUUACCUUUUUCUUCUCCCACCUGUCGCCAAGUCACUGAACUGCCUACAGAUGUCAUCAGUUGUAUGAAUAGAGAGCUUGUGCCACUCACUAGCCAAAAUCCUGAGCAGAGAAGAAAAGAAUCUUUGUGUGUUAGCAUCACUGUGUCUCAGGUAGAGAAAGACCAUCCUCCUAGUUUAAACUCCCAGGAGGAACCUCUUCCAGGAAUGUUGUUUUUUUUGUCGCCUGGUCAGGAACAGCUAGAAUAUGCCGAGUUGAAUGAAAGCACAGCCCAGGCUUCUUCAGAGGCCAGCCAGCUUCAUGAUGCUGAGAGUGAUCACGCAUCCCAAGAGAAAGGUGUUCUGACUGAGCCUGGACCACCAGCCUCAGUGGUAGAAAGCACAUUACCGGUGCUUGAGGCAUCCAGUAGUAAGAAGCAAGUGUCGCAGGAUUUUUUGGAGACUAGGUUUAAGAUCCAACAGCUUCUGGAGCCUCAGCAGUACAUGGUGUGUCUGCCCCACCACAUCAUGGUGAAAAUCUUCAGGUUACUUCCUACCAGGAGUUUGGUGGCUCUUAAAUGUACCUGCUGCUAUUUCAAGUUUAUCAUUGAAUAUUACAACAUUAGGCCAGCAGAUUCUCGCUGGGUUCGAGACCCACGCUACAGGGAGGAUCCUUGCAAGCAGUGUAAGAAAAAGUAUGUGAAAGGGGAUGUAUCCCUAUGCCGGUGGCACCCCAAGCCCUACUGCCAGGCCCUGCCCUAUGGGCCUGGGUACUGGAUGUGCUGCCACCGGUCUCAGAAGGGCUUUCCUGGAUGCAAGCUGGGGCUACACGACAAUCACUGGGUCCCUGCCUGCCACAGCUUUAAUCGGGCAAUCCAUAAGAAGGCAAGAGGGAGUGAAGCCGAGGAGGAGUACUGACUCCGUGAGAGGCAAAGGACUGAUUUCUAACACUGCAGACCGCCCAGGCAGAGCAAGUGUUUGCUGCUUCAGCCUCACUCUUUCGGGAACCCAUGUGUCCACCGGGACUGCCACCGUACAGGAAAGUUGGUCCCACGGUUUCAGAGUGGUGCCUCAUAUACUUGGUUCAGGGUGGCAUCUCGUGGCUUGACUCACCAGGCUGUGAAUAACUCUCCUGUUUUCCCCAUCCUUAAAGGAUGAAGCCACAUCGCCAUGAAGGAGGUUGAUUUUGCUGCAGGCAGUCCCACAAAGGGGCUCCAGAAAUGCUUCCCUACUCACACUGUAUGUGAAAUGAGCGAAAAGCAAAGCAAAACCUUUGGGUUUGCCUAAAAAGAGAAAGUCAGGCACCUUACCUUAGACCUUGUAUGCUUGGUCCUGUGAGAUUGAUGUCUGUGGGUGGAGAUGGAUUUUAUGCCCUGUGAUGUUUACAGUGUAUAUAAUGGUUGUGUUUUCAUAGGGCUGUGUAAGUGCACAUUAAACCUGAGCGCCUUUACCUUUAGAUGAGUGCUUUGGCCCCUCUGUAAAUAACAUGAAUAAAAUCCAGUUGUAUAUGAUGGACAGCUUACUAAACAACAUAACCACCACAAUGCAGCUAGGAUAGUGUUGCAGCUAUAAUUGUGUGUUUUUAAGUUGCUUCCUCCAAACUUGUACAUCCUGUAUAAUAUAUGAAUGUUUCCCAAAUAAACUAUGAAUGUUUCCUGUAUAAUAUAUGAAUGUUUCUGAGAAGAAACUCUAAAUAGCUAAGAAGAGGUGAACUUGGUCAAAGGAUACCAAAUAAUGGUUUAACUGAACAACUUAAAACGGACAAAGAGAACAAUCCUUUAUGUUUUAGUGAGCCACUGAGAGUAAGACUUGACAGACUAUAGAUUAUAACAUUGUCUAUCCUUUGGCUGGCUACAAUUUUUUUAAAACUUCAAUAAAAAGUGUUUUAAGUGGG